AUGUAUUUCCGGUAGUUUUGGUUGAACUUGAAUCUAAAAAGAUGUCUAAAAAGUCUAUGCCAAGCACUUUUGUGAAAAAUAUUUUGCAGAAUGGAAUAGGUCGAUAUGUUUGCCAGCUUCAACGAGUUAAACUAACAUUUUGUAAAACCGCUGGCACCAGUAGGGGCGUCAGGGACUUUGUGGAAAACCAUCUGUUAGAUUUUACCAAUAAUAAUCCUGGAGUUGUUGUGUACCUACAGCCUAAGAGACGUCAACCUGCUUACAUGUAUGCAGAAUACUUAAAUGGGUACAAAGAGAAAUUCUGUAUUGACAACAUGAACAAAGAUCAGAUAUGUAAAUGGAUAGAAACCUACAGAUCAAGAUCAGGAGUACCAAUUAUGAGGAUGCGUAAACAAUGGCACACGGACGUGCCUAGCGUUCAAGGAGUCUGGCAUCCGUUUAUGUUCAAAGAUCCUCAAAUAAAUAGAAAAACAUUUCCUAAUGAAGAACUAUCUAGAUUCUUACCAUCAGAACCUUCAGCAACAGAACAAGUGUUAAAAAUGUUUGAAGAGCAGAAGAAAGAAAUUCCUUCUCAGGGACCAACUAAAGAACUUCAUUCAAGUGAUGAUGUACUUCAAUCAAAAUAAAAAUUCUUAUCAGU